CCGAAUUAUGGUUGGAGUCAUUUGUCACGUGCCUCCUCGAUCGAUACCACUUCCUUAACAUGUGUACCUAGUGCAUUGCCCCACCUAAAGUUGAGGAUCCAAGAGCUAAGCUUAGCUUACAGACUUCAAUCGUAGUCAUCAACACAAGCUUUGCGGUUGCUUGGGGAGUAACUGAUUGGUUGAAGAGUUUAGUUGGCCGUUUGUAAUAAGUUGAAAAUUCGCUAAUGCUCACCAUGGUUGGUCAAUGAACUCAGGGCUCCCUUUCCAAGAUGGUCCGGGAAUGUGAGUUCUGCCGCAGACGUAAGAUCAAAUGUGACACCAUCAAGCCGACCUGCAGCCCGGGUCGCCGCAAUAACAGGUCGUGUAUUUAUCACAACAGCCCGCAGAAGCAACGUCCUUCCGCAGCUCUUAUCAAGUCUCUUAGAAAUGAAAAAGCAGCUUUAGAGAAUGUUUUACAUAGUUACAGGACCCUGUUUUGCACCACAGCUUCCCUACCUAUAUUUUAGGACUGACCCUACUAGCUCAGUGUACCGAAUACACUGUUCUGGGUGCCAGUUCAAAUACAGGCAAGCCGCCAGUAAGCACCUCCACCACCGAAACGGAGCCUUUAUCUCUUACCUACCUAUGCAGGCUGCUAAAGAAACUAUGUUCGUCACCAAACCAACGAACUCGACGGCCUAUUUGACACCUCUCAGAUUUUUACCUGCCCAUCAUCAUC